CAUGUGAUCCAGCAAACACAGCCCUUGGCAGGGUUGCACGGAGGCCUGAACUGGCCCCUCUCUGAAAGGAGAAGGUUAGUUUUGUUGUUUGAGAUGCACAGGGCACCCCAGCUGACUCUUUCCUAUGGCAGUGAGUGCCUGCAGAGCACCUGGGAGAAAGCCUACCAGAAUCACAGGAAAAAGGUCCGGAGCGCCCAGCCGAUCGUGGAUACCCGUGCCCCGCUGUCCCUCAGCCACCUCCACCUGAACCUCAAGAAGCUGAAGCUGGAGGAGGAGCGGCUCUCUGUCAUUGACAGGGACAACCGUCUGCUGCUGGAAAAGAUGUCCUGCAUUAUGAGGUCUAAGGGACAGACCACCAACAGAAAUGACUACACACACAGGAGUCCAAACAGGGAGAAAAGAGAACAGGAACUUCGUACAGUGCAAAGAGAAAAUAAAAUUAUUCUGGGAAGGAUCACGAACUCAGAGCCGUUGUAUCUAGCUCAAAGAUGGCAAGAAGAUUGGACAAGAACUGAGAAGUACAGGAAGGCCCUUGCAAAGUAUCGUGGGAGACAGCAGACAUGCCAAGGGAAAAGCAGGAACCAAAAUUUAACUUUAUAAGGCCACACCAAGCCUGGACCCAAAAAGUGAAGUGGGAAGGGAGGACUCAGAACACAAAUUGCAAAAAAGAAGACAAGUCUGAGAAGCAACAAUGGGGAAAUGGCAAGGCUGCCAUGGGCUCCCCAAUGCCCAAGCCACCACUGGUUGUCAGGGCGGCUGGCCAGGUCCUCUCCACUGUUAUCACAUUGAGGACAGCUGUAUAUGUGCAUGAGGCAGCACUCUAAAAUAGUGUGUGUUUACACAAUGUACUUGACCACAUGAUGCAGCAAAACUAUUUUUUGUGCUUCUUAGGCUGAUAACUGGAAACAAAUUAUGUAAAGUAAUAUUGGGAGUUCACGGAUUUCAAAGCAGAUUUCUUUCUCUAGCUAUUAAUACUUACUCUGUUACCAUAUUUUGUGCUGUUGCCGAUUUGUUUAUAAUUCCCAGGUGGAUUUGUAUAAUUUACCUUAAAAACCUGUAAUUUUUUUCUUUAACAAAUAUUUAAAUAAAUCAGAUGAAAACUCAG